AUGAUGUAUCCUCAUCAAUCUAUAUAUUAUCACAAUCAACAACCACACCCGCAGCAUCCAUCAUCAGUUCAUCAUUAUCAUAGUCACCCUCAUUUGUCUCAUAUACAUACCUCUGCAGCUAAUAAUGGUGGUGUGGUGACGUCAAAUGGUCAUAAUGCUCCUCCUUUAACCCCGUUAGACUUAACUUAUAGUCAUUCCAUGAUACCUUCAAACUUAUUAGUAGGUUCUCCCUACUUUGCUCCGUCAUCUCCUAAUCCAAAUGGUUAUUUCACUCAUCAACAAUAUCAUACUCAACCUCAACAAUCUAUUUAUCAAAAUCAUCAACAUACAAUCCAACAUAAUCAAUACCAUGAAAUUUCUCCUCCUAUUCAAUCUCCUUUAAGAUCAAGAGGUGGUUCUACCACAAGUUUAAGUUCACAUUUUACGAGAGGAAGUAAGAAUUAUAGUCAUAAUCAUCAUCAUCAUCAUCAUCAUCAAAAUCAACAUCAAUCUCCAUACUUGACUCAUUUAAAUAACUCCAAUUCUAUAUCAAGCACAUCUCAAACUUCAUAUAAUAGAAAUUUGGAUAAUUUAAAUUUAUCAAGAACUAUAAUAUUAAGGAAUUUAAGUGAAGAUUUAAGUUUGAAUGAAUUAUUAAAUGAAAUUGAAUUUGGUCCUAUUGAAUAUUGUAAAAUGUUUUCAAAACCAACUCCUGAAUCAAUGCUUGAAAAAGAUUCAACUUUAACUAAAAAUUUAAAAGUUUGUUAUAUUUCAUUUAUAAAUUCAAAAAUUUCAAUCAUGUUUCAUUUAAAAUAUCAUAAAAAUGCCAAUAGUUUAAAAGAAUUUAAAUCGGCUUUAAAGGAUUCUAAAUAUUUAAGAAUCCAAUUAAAUGAUUCUUCAUCCAAUUCAUAUCCUACUUCUUCUAAUUAUUCCUCUACAAGUUUAACUCAGUUAGCUUCUGAUGGAACUGCAUCUUUAUCAUCUCAUAAUCCUUCUGUUGCUAAUCAAGAUUAUAUAAAGUUAAAGACUUUAAAUUAUAUUAUAGAAUUCAAUGCAUCAAGAUGUUUAGUAAUUAAAUUUUCCAUAAGUUUAAUUCAUGAAGAUGUGAUUAAUAAAUCAACUGAAGAUAGAUUAAGAGAUUUACAAUUAUUUAUAAAUAAUCAAUGUUCGAAAUUUGGUGAUGUGGAAGAAUUUAAAAUUUCUUUUAUUGAUGAUGAUGAAGCUGCUGAAAGCAAUUCAGCUAAUGGUCAACAGCAUCAACAACGUCAAGAUAUACCGGCUGAAGUAGACAAUACUGAUGAAGAUCGUACUUUUGGUAAAGUAUUGGUCCAUUUUACAUCGAUUGAUGCUGCUAUCAAGACUUAUGAAAGUUAUUUAAGAAGAAUUCAACAUGAUAUUCAAAGAUUAAUAAAUAAUAAAGAAGGUGCUUCUAAAAAACGACCUUCAAAAGAUGUUAAUGAAGUUAAUUCAAAGUAUGAUAUUAAGUUUAAUCAAGUUUAUUUCCAUAAAGAUAGAUGUGAUAGAACUGAAAUAGAAUCAACUCCAGCUCAAAAUGGUAUAAAAUCGAAAAAAUCAGAAUCUGAUUAUGGUUUACCCUUAACUCAACAACAUAUUCAUGAAUUUAAUCAAAUCCCAGAAGAAGAUUUCAUUAAUGGAGAAGUUGACGAACAACAACUUGUACAAAGAAAUGAUCUUGAAGGUAUAGAAGAAGAUAAUGAUGAAAGUGAUGAAUCACCAAAUGAUAGUGGAAUCGUAAUAGAAGCAGGCUUGGAUCUUAUGGAACAUCCAGAAUUAAUAGAUGAAUCAGAAUUAUCUCCUUCAAUCAGUCCCCCACCAGUAACAAAUGAUGUUGAUGGCACUAAGUUAAAUGGUGAAAUAAUUGAUGGAGGUAAUUCAUUUGAUAGUUCAUCUUCUAAUUCAGGUUAUCCACCUACUCAACUUUCAUAUCUUUCUCAUAAUCAACAACAUCCAAAUGGUCAUAUUAAAUACGCAAAUUCAGAAAUGAUGAGUCAAUCUGGUUUAUACCACACUAAUUCUCAUGCUAUAGCAAUUGCCCAAGUUCAAGCUCAAGCACAAGCACAAGCACAAGCAGUUGCUAUUGCCGCUCAAAAUCAAUUAGCUGUUGCUACUGCUGCUGCUGCCGCGGCUACUGCUCAAGCAAAUUCAGUGCAAAUGAAUCCUGAUUCAUUAAAUGUUGGAAAUAGAACUAUCUAUUUAGGUAAUUUACAUCCAAAUACAACCAUUGAAGAGAUUGCUAACAAUGUUAGAGCUGGAGGUUUAGUUGAAUCGAUUAAUUAUCAUCCUGAAAAGAAAGUUUGUUUUAUAACAUUUGUUGACGCUAGUGUUGCAUUAAAAUUUUACCUUAAUCAUCAAGUUUUACAUCAAUUAAUCAUUCAUGGUUAUGAUAUAACAGUUGGAUGGGCCAAACAACAUAGUGGUCCUUUAAGUAGAGAAAUUGCUCUUGCUGUUACUGCUGGUGCUUCUAGAAAUGUCUAUAUUGGUAUUAGAGUAGUUAAACCUAAUGAAGAUGGAUUUGAAGAAAAACCAAAUAAGACUGAAAAAGUUAGAUUACCAAAUGAAGAAUUAUUAAGACAAGAUUUUUCCAAGUUUGGAGAAUUAGAACAAAUUAAUUUUUAUCAUAAUAAAGAUUGUGGAUUCUUAAAUUUCUUAAAUAUUCUUGAUGCUAUUAGCUUAGUUGAAGUUUUUGAAAUAACAUCUUCAGAGGUUGCCAUGGAUAGAUUAGGUCGUUUAUUGAAGCAUUGUUCUAAAGAUGAAGUUGAACACUUAUAUUACAGAUAUAAACCAUUUAAAAUUAGUUUUGCUAAGGAUAGAUGUGGUAAUCAUCCUAAAUUCAGUUUUAAGAAGAAAUUUGGAAAUGAAUUAAAUGGUGCUACUACUUAUCAAUUAUAUCAUCAAGAUCAACAAUACAAACAGUUUUCAAAAGCUAAGAAUAAUAAGAAUAGAUUAGUUAAUGGAAACGUCCAUCAUGAAAGUGUUGUUGAAAAUUCUGAAGAUGUUAAUGGUAAAGUAGAAGCUGAAGAAAUUGUACCUAAGAACGUUGAAAAUGAAGAAGUUGUUGAAUCUACUGAAAAAUCUGAAGAGAAGAAAGAUUUUACUGGUGAAACUAUAAGUCCUGAAGCGGCUAUGGUUUUCGGAAUAAUAAGUGAAUCUGAACAAGCUAAAUCAGAAGCAGUAAAUGAAACUGAAGACAGAAAGACUGCAGAUGUCCCUCCAUCAGUUAUAGAUGAAGAUGACGAAGAUGAUGAUGAAGAUGAAGACGAUGACGAUGUUUCUAUCAUAAUCGGUUCAGAUGAUACUACUUCUACAACUGCUCAUAAUAGCAACGACUCUAAGAAAGUUGAAGCUGCACCAGAUACGAAAAAUAAUAAAGCUAAGCAUUCUUCUGGUAAAAAGAAUUAUCGUUAUGAAAAAGUUUAUCAUUCCAAAUUCAACAUAUCAGAUUCAUCAAUUCCAUUAAGAAGAUCAUCAAGAAAUUCUUCAAAUGUGUCAUUGAAUACCCAAUAUAUGAAGUAUCAACAACAACAGCAACAACAAGUUCAGCAAUCACCAUACAUGCAACAACAACCAAUGUUCUAUUAUCAAGCUGCUACUCCAGUUGGUCCUCAAAGUCUUUCAAGAGUAAGUAGUCAUAGUUCAUUCAGAGGUCCACAAUUUGUUCCUGCUACAACUUUUGCUGUUGCACAUACUCCAACUUCAGGAUAUUUCACCCCACAACCAAUGAUGGCUCAACCUGCUUAUCCAGCAUACUACCAAUAUGCUCAACCUCCAAUGCAACAUAUAUCUCAUCAGCAAAAUAAUUCUCGAACUAGAAAUGGAAAAUCUAUUUCAUCAGGUUCGCAAGUGAUGGCUCAAUAUUUAGCUAGAGCUCAAAAUGAUAAUGCUUACUAUGGAUCUAAUAUGUUAUCCAAUGACGUUGAAUAUGAUGAAGACUAUAAUGAUUAUGAAUCAUUUCCAAAAAAUGGAAGUGUUGUCUCAUUGAAUAGUAGUUAUCAUGGCAAUGGUCGUAAGUAUAAACGUUAA